GAGACUCCGCUUACUCUCAUUAUUUACUCUCGUCCGUCUACAAUUGACAAGUCAUUCGUUCUGUGUUUGCUGUGUUUAUGAGUAACGUGCCGGAAACAGUUAAUGUUUUGAGUUCCUCCACACUUCGACUAUGUCUGCAUUGGAAUUAUUGAAAGGAUACGGCAGUGAUGAAGAUACAGAAGAAGAAGAUUUCAUGGGAUUUGCUGAAGAACCCGAAAGUGACAGGUUUCCGCUGAAAACGUUCCUUUUGGAAAAAUACGGUCCGGACGCAAUUCAACAACCGGUUCAAAAUUCAGAUGAAUCAACAGAAAAUGCAAUGGAAUGCUCGAGUUCAGAAGGGGAAGAGGUGGAUUCCGACGGAAGUUUUUUUGCAACCCAGAACAGGAAGUGGAACCGAACCAAAAAAGAAAUAAGAAAAGCAAAGAUCGCGAAGAAUCGCCGGCUGGCUCACAAAUUGAUCAGCGCAACAUGCGGUUGCCGAAAGAAUUGUGACCAGAUUGUGUCCAAGGACGAACGUGCAAUUAUUCAUGAUCAGUUCUGGAAACUCGAUCAAGCCGGUCAAACCAAUUUCAUCAGAGAAAAUGUGCAUCGUAGCUCACAACCACUCCGACUAAGGAAUCGAUUCACUGCAAAAAAUCCGAAAAAGAGCUGUUCAUAUAUUUUCAGCUUCCGUCUGUUGAAUGGAACGGAUGUUCGUGUAUGUCGUAAGUUGUUCUUGAACACGAUUGGAUAUGGAGAUAACUGUGGAAACAUUAUAUAUCGAUCUGUCGCGAGCGAUUUUGAAGGAAACCCUAAACCGUCCAAGCGUGGAAAAUACGAGAGAAGCCAACAGAAACACGAAGCAGUAAAAUCACACAUCUUAACUUACAACCCAAGUAUUUCGCACUACCGACGAGCCCACGCGCCGAACCGGUAUUAUCUGCCUUCAGAUUUAACCGGAGUUUCCAUGCACAACAACUAUCAAGAAUCGACUCCUCCUGACCUCAAGGUCAAUUAUUCUUUCUACUCACAUGUAAUGUCGAGCAUGAACAUUUCAUUGGUUAAAUUAGGAAACGAGCAAUGCGAGGCCUGUGUCGCGGCCACAUUACACCAGAGUACAGCCGAGCAUACCGACGAAGAGAAUUUUACUGCAGUGUGUUCGACAUGCAAAUCGCAUGUGGAGCAUUUGCGAUUGGCAUCUAUGUCCAGAUCGGCGUACAAGGACGACGGCGACAAAAUCCGCUCAAAAGAGGUUGUAUUUGCAGUUGACCUCCAGAAGGUUAUCCAGCUUCCCCGUCUAGAAGGCAUAAAGUCGAUAGUCUUUACACAACGCUUAUUAGCAUACAACGAAACUUUCGCGCCGGUUCACAAUUAUUCAAAAGCGUUUCCCGUUAUUGCCUGUGUAUGGGACGAAUCGACUUCAGGAAGGUCAGCUGGUGACAUUACGAGCUGCUUCGACAAAGUUGUGGACUGGUGCUGCAGCAAUGGCUUGGAAAAAGUUACGUUCUGGCUGGACAAUUGUUCCAACCAGAACAAAAAUUGGAAUUUGUUCCUUUAUCUGACCCUUCUGCUGAAUGCAAAGGAAACUACAGUGAAGCAACUAACUCUAAAGUUCUUCGAAUCCGGUCAUACGUUUAUGGCAGCGGAUUCGUUUCACGCUGCUGUGGAAAAAGCAAUGCGAAAUGGUGAGCCGGUAUGCACAUUUCCUGAAUUCAAACGAGUUGUACAAAAAGCGAAAAGUAACGUUGUUGUGGAAGAUAUGUCGGUCAAUGAUUUUUUUGAGAUGAAAAUGACGGUUUCGCAGUAUACGUUAACUAACUGCAAGCCACGUCCUUAUAUCGAGAAUAUCAGGAAAAUCAUUUUCGAAAAAGGCAGCUACGAAAUGAACUACAGCAGCGCUGUGAAUGACAGCGAAAAAAUGCAUUCUUGUUGCAUCAUGUCUAAGAAGCAGAUGAAGAUCGUUAUCCAUAAGGAUUUCAAUUUGGCGAAUAUCCUAACGCGUCGUAAAGAUCCAGCUGGUAUAACUACCGACCGUAAGAAGGCGCUGUUGAAUGCUAUUUUGCCAGUUAUCAAAGAGGAGCAGAAGCUGUUUUGGAAUAACCUUCCUGAGCAAUAAGUUUAAGUUCUAUGUAACUUUUGAAUGAAAUUUUGAGUUUUUUUUCGAAUAAAAUGGAUUUAAACAAAUUUAGUGUGUAAUAUGAGUUUAAUUUAAGUUUUACUUUACAUAAUAAGCACUUCUAUUGCUUAGCACGGUUUAAAAAUGAACAAUUUAAUACAUCAGUUAGCUCCCCGCGAUCAAUGAAGUCAACGUGACUGUUAUGCGAAUAUUUUCGACAUGGGACAACACAAACGGGUUUGGAUUUUUCAUAUUUUACGAACAAAGUCUACUUUUUUAUUAUUUUUUUCAAAACUUGAGAUAAUUUUGAGCUGAU